AUGAGCCAUCUAAUCACAUACUUCCUUCUGGUUUUGAUCCCUUACGCAACUUCAAUUACCUUUGAUUUGCCAAAUAUCCGCCCAGAAAAUCAGAAUCGUGACAUAGUAACAGAGGGUGACGGAGCUUAUAUCUCCGACAGUGGAAUCCAGGUGACCCCAGAUGGGAUUGGUUCUAAUCGGAGCUUGAAAGCCGGACGAGCCAGAUACAUCAGACCUUUUCAUCUUUGGGAUAACGCAUCUAAUGAGGUCGCAAGUUUCUCUACAAAUUUCACUUUUGUGAUCGACUCAGACGGAGCUACAAACUAUGCUGAUGGCCUCACCUUCUUCCUCGCUCAAAAUAACUCCGUCAUAAGUGUUGGUGGUUCCAUGGGGCUUCCAUUCAACUCCACAACCAUGGUUGCGACAAAUCCAUUUGUUGCUGUGGAGUUUGAUACUUUCCCGAAUCAAGAUUGGGAUCCAAGAGACUCCAACAAUACCCGAAUAGGCGAUCAUGUAGGUAUCAGCAUUAACUCUGUUGCUUCUGUUAGGUAUCAGAGAUGGUUAAGUAAUAUAACUAGUGGAAGAGUCUGUCAAGCUUGGGUUACAUAUGAUUCUGUUUCAAAUAAUCUUAGUGUUUCCUUCACUGGUUUUCUAAAUAAUACAAUCGUACGUCAAGUAGGACUUAUGUACACGGUUGACCUCAGGAACGUGUUACCCGAAUGGGUAAUUUUUGGGUUUUCAGCAGCAACUGGAGCUCUAUUUGAGAAAAAUAAUGUGAGGUCUUGGAGUUUCAGUAGUUCAGAAUUACAGGUUGACAAAAACAACCAGAUUCCACCCAGCCCAGAUGACAACAACAGCAAAGUGGGAUUAGUAGUUGGAUUAUCGGUUGCAGUUACUUUUCUAGUUGUGCUUGGCUUUGUUUUAUGGAGGUGGAAGAAGAAGAAAAGCAGGGAAGAUGAACAUGAAGAUGAAGAAUCUGGAUUUGAUAUGGAAAUGAACAAUGAAUUCGAAAUGGGCACCGGGCCUAAAAGAUUCUCUUACCAACAAUUAGCUCAAUCCACCGGUGAGUUUUCAGAGAACCAGAAGCUUGGUGAAGGAGGUUUUGGUGGGGUUUAUAGAGGUUUCUUGAAAGAUUCCAACGCGUAUAUUGCAGUGAAAAGGGUGUCAAAGAGUUCAAAACAGGGGAUCAAGGAGUAUGCAUCGGAAGUAAAGAUCAUUAGCCGAUUAAGGCAUAGAAACCUAGUCCAACUCAUAGGUUGGUGCCACGAGAAAAGUGAACUCCUCCUUGUUUACGAGUUUAUGGAAAACGGAAGCUUAGAUUCACAUCUCUUUAAGGCAAAAACCUUAUUGACAUGGGGAACAAGGAACAAAAUCGCACAUGGUCUGGCUUCAGCGUUGUUAUAUCUACAUGAAGAAUGGGAACAAUGUGUUUUGCAUAGAGAUAUCAAAUCGAGUAACCUGAUGUUGGACUCAAAUUUCAAUGCCAAGCUUGGUGAUUUUGGGUUAGCCAAGUUGGUUGACCAUGAGAAGGGCUCACAGACCACAAUGUUGGCUGGAACCUUGGGUUACAUGGCUCCUGAAUGUUUAGUAACCGGAAAGGCAACCAAAGAAUCAGAUGUGUUCAGCUUUGGAGUUGUUGCACUGGAAAUAGCUUGUGGGCGAAAAACAAUUGAGUACAAGGCUCCAGAGAAUCAAAUAAGGUUAAUCCAAUGGGUUUGGGAGCUCUAUGGGAUAGGGACACUUUUAGAAGCAGUGGAUCCAGCUCUUGGGUUAGAUUUUGAGGAAGAAGAAGUAAAGCGGUUGAUGAUCCUUGGGUUAUGGUGUGUGCACCCUGACUCAGAUUUUCGUCCAUCAAUGAGACAAGCAAUUCAAGUACUAAACUCAGAAGCAUCCCUACCUAUACUCCCCUCAAAGAUGCCUGUGGCAUCUUAUUUUACCCCUCCCUUGUCUUCAUUAUAUGGUGUCACUUCCAUCGUCCAAAACCAGUCGUCAAGUAGUGUCUUUAACACGGAUUCCUCAAAGCAAACUUCAUCAACAGCAAGUUCUUCUUCUCCAUCUGUUUCAUUAUUACAUUCUAUACAUUGA